AUGGCUUCCGCGUCCGUCUCAUUGCUCCGGCGAGCCGCCAGACCGAUCCUCGCCGGUCUUUACGGAGGCGCGCUCUCCGUCGCCGCGAGGCAGCACCUCACCAGCUCUUGCUCCUCCUCCGCCGCCGCAGCCGGCGCAGCCGCUGCCGGGCUUCGCAAUACAAUGGCGGGAUUCCACUCGUCCGCGUGUCCCGCGUCGGACUUGUCGCAGUCGUCUGGGCCGUCCGUGACGGAAGAGACGGUGUCGCUCGUUCAGGCGUCCGAUAAAGGCAUUGGACUCGCUUUUGUGGAGCAGCUGCUGAAGCGGCAGCCAACCGGCCGCGUCAUUGCCACGUGUCGAGAUCCGAUGGGCGCUCAGCACCUGGACGCACUUCACGACCAGAGCGGUGGACGGCUGGAUGUGAUGCAACUGGAUGUGACUAAAGAGGAUACCAUCGAGGCUGUAGCAGCGGCCGUGCGGCAGAAGUACGGCAAGCUGGACCUGCUGCUCAACGUGGCGGGUGUGCUGCAUCGCCCCAACGAGCUACAGCCGGAGAGCAGUCUGCACUGGCUGUGCCAGGACGCGAUGUUGCUGGCUUACCGAGUCAACGCCAUGGGGCCCAUGCUCGUGCUCAAGCACAUGAUGCCGCUGCUGGUGACGGGUGGUCACACCAAUCCCAACCGUCCCUACUCCAUAGUGGCCAACAUGAGCUCGCGCACCGGAUCCAUCUCUGAUAACCACAUCGGUGGGUGGUACUCGUAUCGCGCCUCCAAAGCUGCUCUCAAUCAAUUCACCAAGACGGCAGCAGUGGAGUUGGCCGCCCAGAAGAGCCCAGUGGUGGCCGUGCUGCUACACCCCGGCACUGUAGACACCGACCUUACCCGCCCGUUCACUGCGCACUUGCCGGCCGAUAAGAUCUUCACGCCUGAUUUUGCUGCCGAGCAGCUAUUGGGUGUCAUUGAUGGGUUGAGUCCAAGUGACAAUGGGCGGUUUAUCGCCAUUUUGCGCCCCCCGCGCUUUCCGCGAUUCCGCUGUCAGCGUCGUCCCGCGCGCGCUCCAAUGGCUGCGCUUGCCGUGCGAGCCGUCUCCGCCGCUGCGGCGGCUGCGCUGCCGGCUUUCCCGCCGUCGCAUAUGCGCGCUUCGCCAGCAGCCAGAGAAACGUCGCUGCGGAUAGGAGGGCGGGAGAAGCGCGGCUGUAGCAAUGGCGGCUGGAGCUGCGCGGGGAGGAGGGGUAGGGCUGUCGUUGCGCUGGCUGCGCCGCCUGAAACCGUGACUGCGAUUGUGGAGAGCGGAGCUGCAACCAUGGUGUCAGCUGCUGAUUGGACGAGUCACCUCGUGCUCGCCACGCUCAACACAGCUGCCACGCUGGCAUCGGACGGACCAAUAGAAUUGCCCCCCGCUUACCUGGAAGACCCGUGGGCUAUUCCCGAGGUCUCUCCGUUGCAAUCCUUUGCCAGUAUUCUGCUGACCGGGACGAUUGGUGUGCUGCUGUUCCGAGCUAUCAAGAGACGAGCGAGCAAGGUCACAGAAUCGCGAUUCCGGUCAGACUCAGUCGAGAAGCUGUCGUCCAAUCCGGUGGUGGAGGAGCGGAAGCGCCGGGCGGCAGAGGAGGCGGCAGAAGCAGCCAAGCGACCGCCGCCCACGGUGCUGAACACGCUGGGCGGCGCACUGGUGGCGGGGUCGAUUGCGAUCGUGCUGUACAAGUUUGCGACGUCCGUUGAUGAUGUGUUUGCGGGGCAGACCCUCUCAACCACUUACACUGUUCGGAACCUUUCCAUUGCUGUCAGGACCAUAGUAUCAGGCCUCGUAUGGCUGGCCACAUUUAUCUUUGCUCUGAACUCCCUCGGCCUCACGCUCUACGCCUUUCAACUGGCGCUGGGUAUUGACUCCCCUAAAGACAGCCCUGUUAGUGGGAGUGGGAGUGAAGCAGAUACAGCGGGAUCCAAAGACAGCGAGGCUAAGGAGGCUGAGGUUCCGGUUGGGAGUGAGGAGAAGAAGCCAUUGGGUUUCGGAGUUCAAGCGCAACCCGAAUUAGCGCCACCAGCGGUAUCAGCGCCAUUGGCGCCAGCAGCACCAGAACCAGCCGAUCCAGCCGGCCAGCCGGCAGUUCAAUCGACGGACGAGGUGCUUCUGGGUCGAGUGGCGGAGAUUGCAGCGGAGCUCAGCCGUCAGAUGCAGGAGGAGCAGGCGCUGCAGCAGUCCCAGGGAGCCAUUCUUGAUCAGCAGGCGCUACUCCUUCCUCCCUCCCCUCCGCUCUCUCCCCUUCUCGUCUCCCCACAGCAAUCGCCACCCUUCCCUCCUCCCGUCCCCCCUCCAGUCGUCCCCUCUCCUCCCUUCCCCCCUCCACCGCCCCUCCGUCCCACGUCGCUCAUCUCACCUCAAUCUCAAGGCGAACCAGGGAGUUUAGGAACCACGGCAGGCGCUGACGAGGUGCUUAUAGGGAGAGUGGCCGCUAUAGAGGAACAGCUGAUGCUGCAGCUUGCAGGGGCUAGUGAAGAGGAGGGGAAGAGGGAAGCUGGAGGAGAGGAAUUAGGAAAGGGCAAGGUCCAGGAGAGAGAGACUAGUCCCCACUUACCUGCGACUCCCACCCCCUCACACCCACCACCCCCCUCUCCUCCUCCCUCACACCCACCUCCCCCCUCUCCUCCUGCCUUAGAGCCCCUCUUUACAGUCACAUCCCUGAACCGAACCAUUCGCAGGGUAGAUCUGAACAAGACCUUUCUAGAAUACCACCACCAUUUCCGGGAAGGAGAGCUCAAGCUACAGUGCUCCGGCGAGCCUUGCCCGAACCUAGGCUCCUGCGGCCCGGAGUUCCCGAACCUGCGCGCCUGCUACUGGCCGAACCUGGUCGACGCGGAGUACCUAUUCCCGGACCAGCCUAUAAACUGCCCGAAAGUGAUGGAUAUGAGUGUAGAAGGAGGAAGGGAGGUGUCGGAUACGAGGUGCACUCAUAAGGGGGAUGACUUGCGGCUGGAUAUGUUUCUUCCGCAGUACUACGAGCUUCGGGACGUGUACUUGGAUGGGGAUGGCCUGGUGUUUAAUGAGUCGGUGUUCUUUGACAGACACAGCUUGCAGUUCUCCUUUGAACCAGGCAAGGCCAAGGUCCAUCACUACGACCGGCUGUUGUCUCUCAUGUACCCCCUGGGCGUCGCAUUCUACCACGUGCUCAUAGAGCUUUUCUCAUUCGAGCCAGGCAAGGCCAAGGUCCAUCACUACGACCGUGUGGUCUCCCUCAUGUACCCACUGGGCAUCGCAUUCUAUCACGUGCUCAUCGAGCUCGUGCCUCACCUCUUUGUGCUCUCUCCUCUGCUGCGAGACAACCCCUCCAUCCCCAUCGCCAUCGCCUCGCACCAGGUGAAGGCGUUCAGCAGUCUCCUGGUGCCCUUCCUCGGUAUCCCAGCCACCGCUCUCAACCUCGCUGUCAUCCCCAACCGACACGCUGAUGUCAAUCUGCUCAUCCACGUGGAUGUCUUGUACCAGUGGGUUCCUUUCCUCACCAGUGUACCAAGCCUGGCCAGUGGUCGCUCUGCGAGUGGGUUCCUUUCCUCACCAGUGUACCAAGCCUGGCCAGUGGUCGCUCUGCCAGUGGGUUCCUUUCCUCACCAGUGUACCAAGCCUGGCCAGUGGUCGCUCUGCCAGUGGGUUCCUUUCCUCACCAGUGUACCAAGCCUGGCCAGUGGUCGCUCUGCCAGUGGGUUCCUUUCCUCACCAGUGUACCAAGCCUGGCCAGUGGUCGCUCUGCCAGUGGGUUCCUUUCCUCACCAGUGUACCAAGCCUGGCCAGUGGUCACUCUGCGCCCGCCAUGUGGGGGGAGCUGCGCCACCGCAUCCUGCUGCCCCACUGUCCCCUUCACAACCCCUGCCCCUCCUUCCCUUCGCCCUCUCUUUCCAUAAACUCCCCUUCCCCACCACCCAGCCAGUGUACCAGGCGUGUGGUCGCUCCGCACCUGCCAUGUGGGGCGAGCUGCGCCGCCGCUUCCUGCUCCCCCCUGCCGGCCUGCCCCUCUUCCGCCCUGGCCUGGUCCCACGCCACAACCACACCCACUUUCUCCCACCUACUGCUGAUUCACCAGCCACCACCACCCCCACCAGUGCUGACAGCAGCAUCCCUGUUAGGGCUGGUGACAUCAGCGAGACGGAUGUGCCCCUGUGGUCUGACGCGCAGACCGCCCGGCUGCCGUACAGCUGGCGCGCCGUGAUUGCGCACCGGCGCGGUGCGAUGCGCCACCUGGCGGCGUUUGAUUCGCUCGUGGCGGAGAUGAAGCGAGUUUUUCCGCCGCAGAGGGUGUUUGUGUUCGAAGGGGACCUACCCAUCCUGCAAGCCAAACUCCUCUUCAACCGAGCAGCGGUCUAUGUGGGCUUGCACGGAGCAGGCCUCUCCAACAUGAUCUUCAUGCCCUCCAAUUCCUCCGUCUUCGAAAUCCGACCCAGGGAUUACCCCAACCCCUGCUACCACCACUUAACCAUGGCUACGCAACAGAACUACUACCUGGUGUUUGGAAAUGGGACCAAGGAUUCGGAGCUGAGGUAUAACAUGAGUGAGGUGGUGAGUGUUUUGAGGGUGAUAGCGGAUCAGACUAAAAGGAGGGUGUCUGCAAGGUCCUGGGAGGUGGAGGAAAUAGGGCCGCGGGCCGGAGUGGGCCGCGGGGGUGCCUGGGGCUGCACCAUGUUGGGUGCUACAGCCGCCCACUGUGCUACAAUCCGAUGGCUGGAGGAUGGAGGGGAUGAAGGGGAUGGGUGUGUAGAGGGUGAGGAGGAAAGGGGUGAGUGGAAAGUGUUGUUGCACACACGAGCAACUAUGCCAGCUGGGGUUGCAUCAUGUGCUACAGCCGGCCACUGCGCUACAAGCGGGCGGCUGGAGGGUGGAGGGAGAAGAGAAUGCUAA